UCUUACCCUCGAUCUCGAUAUUAGUUUGGAUUCGGUCCAACACACCCGGUUACAAAAAAAAAUUGUCUUUUUGUCCCUUAUGACAGACAAAUUCGUUUUGACAACUUCCAAAGGCGUCUUUUUUGAGGGCUCUUCAGCUUCCAUGAUCAUCUUUGGCUAAGUUACAUUACAAUAAUUAAUCAGCAAUGGCCGAAACAGAGAAGAUCUGCAGAGACAGGAGAUGGAGUCUUCGAGGAAUGACCGCUCUCGUCACUGGUGGCACUCAAGGCAUUGGGUAUGCGAUAGUGGAGGAACUUGCAGGUUUCGGGGCAAGAGUCCAUACUUGUGCCAGAAAUCAGUCUCUGCUUGACCAAUGCUUACGCGAAUGGCAAACAAAGGGCUUUCAAGUUACCGGUUCAGUCUGUGAUGUGUCCUCUCGCCCCGAGAGAGAGAAACUGAUGCAGACUGUCUCCUCUGCGUUCGACGGGAAACUCAACAUCCUCAUAAACAACGUUGGCACAAGUAUCGUAAAGCCGACGACUGAAUACACUGCAGAAGAUUUCUCUUUUCACAUUACCACAAAUCUCGAGUCGGCUUACCAUUUAUCCCAGCUGGCACAUCCUUUGGUCAAGGCCACGGGAUUCGGAAACAUUGUGUUCAUCUCCUCUAUUGCAGGGAUUGUCUCUACAAGCGUUGGAUCCAUCUAUAAUGCAACAAAAGGAGCUAUUAACCAGUUAGCGAGAAAUCUCGCGUGUGAGUGGGCGAGUGACGACAUAAGGGUUAACUCUGUCGCUCCUGGUUUCAUUGCAACUCCUAUGGCUGAAACUGCUGUUUUAGGCGACGACAACUUCUUGAAGGCGGUGAUCUCGAGAAAGCCAUUGGCUCGUGUCGGAGAACCGAGAGAGGUUUCAUCGCUGGUGGCGUUUCUGUGUCUACCUGCAGCUUCUUACAUAACAGGACAGACCAUUUGUGUCGAUGGAGGUCUCACCAUUAAUGGCUUCUCCUAUCAGCCUCGGGCUUAAACCCUUUGAAGCUCUCUCUUCUAGACAAAAGAGAUUCGGGCUUAAACCCUUUUUUAAAUAAAAUGCGGCUGUGAUGUGCCAAAUACGUAAGACUUUCUCCUUCUAUGUAUGCGUAUAUAUAUGUAAAAUACGAAAUGAUUAUAAUAUGAUUAGCAGAACAAAGUUAUAGAUGGAAAUAUGAAGUGAAGAGACUAGAUAUGGCUAAAUACAGUCUUCUAGGUACAAAUAUAGGACUUGCUAGUUAACUGAUAGGGUAUUGGCAAGGAUUUCAUAUUUGACACUAAGAGAUGAUGUUGUAGGGCUUCUCAGAAUAGAUUCAACGGUGCAAUUUACUUAAAAAAAUUAGGUAUUUAUGCAUUGGAUUGUGCACCAACUUUUGAAAACCAAAGUGUUGCAAACAACAUGGUACUAGCUCUUCGGAUGGAUAAAAAAAAGCCCCCUAACAAGUUUCCAAGAAACAAUUCCGCCGAUACCACAUUGUGACACAAGUAACUGAUUCUAGACAAUGCACAGACGAGAGAGAGAGAGAGAGAGAGACUGAGAGAGACCUCUCCGGAGAUGCCAGCGGAUUGAAA